AUGAGCGAAAGCACAGAGACCCAGAAGCGUGAAUCAGCUGAUUCAGAGGGCGAAAAGGAUGGUGUUGCAUCCAAAAAGCCAAAGAUCGAAUCUAGUGCUAAGGGGUCCGAUGAUAAUGGCGUAAAGGAACCAUCUUUCCUCAUUGAAGCAGAUGCUGCUGAAGACAAGGGCUCGAGGCUCACCAUGGAGGAUGCGUGGGUCGUGCUUCUCGAUGCAAGUUUAGAUUAUCCUGGAAAAUUGAGAUGUGCACAUUUUGCAAUUUAUGAUGGGCAUGGAGGGCGUUUGGCUGCAGAAUAUGCUCAAAAGCAUUUGCAUAGGAAUGUUCUUUCUGCAGGAUUACCACGUGAGUUGUAUGAUGCGAAGGCAACUAAACAAUCUAUUCUGAAUGGCUUCCUCAAAACUGACAAGUCUCUUCUCAAAGAAAGCGCUGAAGGGGGAUGGCAGGAUGGGGCUACAGCUGUAUGUGUUUGGGUAUUGGGACAAAGAGUUGCGGUUGCACAUAUAGGAGAUGCCAAGGCAGUAUUAGCUCGGUCAACUGAUGGAUCUCGAAAUCCAGAUGGUGUCCAGGCGCUGAAGGCCAUUGUUUUGACUAGAGAACACAAACCUAUCUUCCCACUGGAGCGUACACGCAUUCAGAAGUCAGGGGGUUUCGUGAGUCCAGAUGGACGUUUGUUAGGGCGUCUAGAAGUUUCUAGAGCUUUUGGAGAUCGCCAGUUUAAAAAGGUAGGUCUUGUUGCAACUCCGGAUCUCUAUACUUUUGAAGUUACUGAUACAGAGCAUUUCAUAAUUCUUGGUUGUGAUGGCUUGUGGGGGGUAUUUGGUCCCAGUGAUGCUGUCGAUUUUGUUCAGAAGUUAUUAAAUGAGGGGCUACCUGUUGGCACUGUGUGCCGCCGUCUUGUAAGAGAGGCUGUUCGUGAGCGGCGCUGUAAAGAUAACUGCACUGCCAUUAUCAUUGUAUUUAAGCACAAUUAA